AUGGAUGAUGUAUAUAAGGCAGCGGUUGAAAAUUUGACAGAGGAACAAAAAAAUGAGUUCAAGGCUGCAUUUGACAUCUUCAUCCAGGAUGCAGAGGAUGGCUGCAUAAGCACCAAAGAGUUGGGGAAGGUGAUGAGAAUGUUGGGACAGAACCCCACUCCUGAAGAAUUACAGGAGAUGAUUGACGAGGUGGAUGAGGAUGGCAGUGGCACAGUUGAUUUUGAUGAGUUCUUGGUUAUGAUGGUCCGCUGCAUGAAGGAGGAGAGCAAAGGAAAAUCAGAGGAGGAGUUGGCUGAACUUUUCCGCAUGUUUGACAAGAAUGGAGAUGGCUACAUAGACUUAGAGGAGCUGAAGACCAUGCUGGAGUCUACUGGAGAAACCAUCACGGAAGACGAUAUUGAGGAGCUGAUGAAGGAUGGAGACAAAAACAAUGAUGGCAGAAUUGAUUAUGACGAAUUUCUGGAGUUCAUGAAAGGUGUGGAAUAA